AUGUCUGUCGAACGCAGUCCUGCCGCGGGCACAUCUCGCGCGGUUAUACCUCCGCCCGCGCAAGCAACGCAGGAUUUAGUUUUAUUAAAAAGACUCCGCGGAAUUAUAAAGGCGUCAUGCACGCGCACGGAGACGUUUAUAAAUAGCGUACGCGAAUUAACUGCUGAAGCGCGAGCGCAAUUAGAGGAGAGACGCGUGCGGCUGGACACGUACUGGAACGAUUAUUGCGAUGUCCAGACACAAGUCGAGAUGAUCGACGAGGAAGAGGUUAGAGAUCGGAUAGCGUUCGAGGAUGCGUUUUAUGCAUUGUGCGCGAAAUUUCGGCAGCUAUUACAGCCGGUUAAUUCUUACGCGAGCGCGCAAACAUCAUCGUCCACGCAAGGGACUAAUACCGAUACGGGGUCGACUUCGCAUGUACGUUUGCCUAAAUUAAAUUUGCCGACUUUUUCGGGAAAAUAUGACGAGUGGCUUUCGUUCCACGAUACAUUUAUGACCGUUAUUCACAGUAAUAAGUCGUUGGGCAACGUACAGAAAUUUCAAUAUUUGCGGGCGUCCUUGACCGACAAGGCAGCAGAUAUUAUUAAAUCUUUGGAAAUAUCGGACAACAAUUACGACCUUGCGUGGAACUUGUUAAAAGAGCGCUACGACAAUAAGCAGGUUAUUGUCCAAACACAUGUUAAGGCGAUAUUAGAUCUUCCUGCGAUGACUAAGGAAAAUGCGAACGACCUUCGGCAAAUAGCAGACGGUGUCUCAAUACAUAUUCGCGCGCUAACGACAUUAGAGUGUCAUGCCGACAAGUGGGAUGCGCUACUAAUUUAUAUAUUAAACUCGAAAUUAGAUUCAAUUACAUCGCGCGAAUGGCAUACAUCGUUAAAGGGCACCAAGUUGCCCACAUUAAAAGAAUUUAUUGAAUUCCUCACGCACCGCAGUCAAGUUUUAGAGGAAUCGGUAAAAAGGAAUUCGAUGUUGUCCGGUCGCCCCGACUCUCGUGCGCAGGCGCAGCUUGGCACUCGGCGCCAGGCAUUACAUGCGACCGCCGAGAGAGGCAAAUGUAAUUAUUGCGGCGGCAGUCAUUUAAUAUAUUUCUGUAAGAAUUUCUUAGCGUUAUCGAUUGAACAACGUAUCGCGGAAAUGCGGGGAAGGAAAAUUUGUCUAAACUGCUUGCGCGCUUCAAAUCAUACAGCCGCCAAGUGUUCUUCUGAUGGUUGUAGAACAUGCAAUUCGAAACACAAUACGCUCCUACAUAUUCCGAGGGAUAGGGGGGAGGCUGGCGGCGCAGAUGACAGUCUUCCUGCGUCAACUGGUUCGUCCGCGACCUCAGGUGGUCAGGUAGCAAUAGUUACGCAUAGCGCAAUAAGGCAUAAGGACGCAGAUAUUUUGUUGUCGACAGCACUUAUCUAUGUGCUCGACAUUGACGGUUCUCGUAGGACAUGCCGUGUCUUGCUUGAUUCCGGAUCACAGGCAAACUUUAUUUCGAGCAAGUGUCUGAGGUCAUUGCGACUGAAGACCCGUUCAACAAACAUAUCGAUAUCGGGGAUCGAUUCCGGCAAAAAACGUGAACUGUUCAGGCUGCCUUCCGGUAUUGAGUUGGCGGAUCCUGGCUUUAACAUAGCGUCUGAUAUCGAUAUGUUGAUCGGUGCCGAAUUAUUUUGGCAAUUAUUGUGCGUGGGGCAGAUACGGGCGACUGCGGAGCAUCCCACCUUGCAGAAAACGCGUCUGGGAUGGGUUUUGGCCGGACGCGCGGAUGCAGGCAUCUCACAGUCGGGAUCAAGGUUGCGUGCUCUCCACGUAUCAGUUAAUAAUUUGCAAUUGCAUGAGCAAGUAAAUCGCUUUUGGCAAAUAGAGGAAUUGGCGGAGAGUUCGAAUAGUUAUACGAAGGAUGAGCAAACGUAUGAGUACCUAACAUUGGGACAUAUGAGGCGUGUGCCGGCGCACGCUGUCGAGGGAGAAGCCGUAUAUCUGCCACAUCAUGGGGUAUUUAAGGAAACGAGUCAGAGCGCGAAAUUACGCGUGGUGUUCGAUGCGUCGUGCAAAACCAGCACGGGAAUUUCAUUAAACGAUACCUUGAUGGCCGGUCCGACUAUCCAACAAGAUUUAGUAUCGAUAUUGACGCGUUUUCGAACGUUUGCAUAUGUCUUUACCGCAGACAUUAUUAAAAUGUAUAGACAAAUAUUAAUCGAUGAAUCACAGACACAUCUGCAGCGCAUACUGUGGCGCGACGAUUCGAACUCUCCGGUCGAUACAUACGAGCUCCUCAUCGUUACGUACGGAACGAGCUCGGCACCAUUCCUCGCGAUUCGUUGCCUUCAGCAUUUAGCGCGAAAACAUGCCUCUGAGUACCCGAUGGGAUCGAAAUGCAUUCUUCGCAAUUUUUACGUGGACGACUUGCUCACGGGGGCUAGCAAUUUAAUUGAGGCAAGGUGCAUUCGCGACGAAAUAAUAAAAAUAUUACAACGUGGCCAAUUCGAGUUGAGCAAAUGGUCUUCAAAUCAUGGGGAACUAUUGCGAGGCAUUGAAAAUGCAACCAAUGCAGAGAUAUCCUUAAAUAAAGAGUCCGGGUCUAGAAUAUUGGGGAUAAUAUGGGAUCCUUCCAAUGACAAUUUCCGGUUUGAAUAUGAUUGCGGAACACCGGUUGAUCGUAUAACAAAGCGGACAAUUCUCUCAGAGAUCGCGAGUCUUUUUGAUCCGUUGGGUCUCUUGGGCCCAUUGACAGUCGUGGCAAAAAUCAUUUUGCAAGAUGCGUGGCAGUCUCAAUGCGAAUGGGAUGAGGCGUUACCUCAGGACAUUCAUCACAGAUGGUCGAACUUAAAACAACAACUAUUGCAUCUUAACGAAUUACGAAUACCGCGCUUCGUGGGUCUCGAGAGCGGCGCACGUGAUAUUCAGCUGCACGGCUUUUGUGACGCGAGUGAGCGCGCAUACGGCGCAUGCGUGUACGUGCGAACGGGCAAUAGCGAUUGA